GUGUGGCUCGGGUUGCAGACAUACCCUUCUGCUCAAGUUGCAGCAGGUUUUAAUGAUCAGUGGCUGUGAGCUGUUCUCAGGUCAGCGGUCAGGACUCCUCCUCCUCCUCUGAUCUGUCCUCUGUUCUCCGUCUUCACGCUGCAGAGUCUCUGCUGCCAAUCAUGGACAGCCGGCAUCGAUAUUUUUAGUGACUGUGUUCUGGGACUAAACGACCGGCAAUAUUUCACCGGAAUACAGGAAAGAACAAUCUAUCAAAACACAUUGCAUUCCUGUGUCAGAAAAUGGGAUUAAACCGAAGGAAUCAAAGGAAUAGUCCUGCUCUGAUCUGCUCAGCGUGAAGAGGCUUCCAACAGGCCGGCAGAGCCAGACACGACGAGAUGGCGAAAGUCGGCAGUGAAAAGUCCUUUUCGGCCAGACAGCGACUGUCUACCAACACGUCAGACGAUGAGCUCGCUGUCAUUGAAAAUGGGGACAGCAGAUCACACUCUAUUUGUGAAGGCAACUCUGAGAGAGCUCUGUCUUCAGGGUCGCACAGAGAUUCAUUAACAGGUGCUGGGGCAAUGGCCAGGCUGUCUUACUUCUUCUUCAUGCUGCGAACCUGGGCGUCUCACAGAAUGAACCCCGAAGAAGAACGGCACGACUCUUUCCUCGAGCGCUUCAGAGGCCCCGAGCUCAAAGACAUGCCCUGUCGAGAGAGUAACGCCCAGUCUGUGGGCCAUGACGACACACUCCGCAAGAGAAAGAAAGAAAUCUGGAUUAUGGAUCCAGCCACAGACCAGUACUACAGAUGGCUGUCUGUCAUCGCCGGCCCAGUGUUUUAUAACCUGAUGAUGAUUGUAACAAGGGCCUGCUUUAAUGAACUACAGGACUCGUAUACAAAACUCUGGUUAGUCCUGGACUACACCUCAGACGUCAUCUACUAUGCUGACACAUUCGUCAGGUCAAGAACAGGUUACCUGGAACAAGGUCUGCUGGUAAAAGAAGCCAAAAAACUGAGAGAUAAAUACAAAACAACAUCUCAGUUCAAGUAUGAUAUGAUUUCAAUGAUACCCACUGAUCUUUUGUUCCUGAAAUACGGAUACAACAACCCAGAGUUCAGAUUCAACCGUUUGUGCAAGAUUUCGAGGCUUUUUGAGUUCUUUGAGCGGACUGAAACCAGAACCAGCUUCCCAAACAUGUUUCGUAUCAGUAAUCUCGUACUUUAUAUCCUUAUCAUUAUCCACUGGAAUGCUUGUCUGUUCUUUGCCAUUUCAAAAACCAUUGGUUUUGGGUCGGACACUUGGGUAUACCCCAAUAUCAGCCAUCCAGAGCACGGACGCUUGUCGAGAAAGUACAUCUACUCCCUAUACUGGUCUACGCUGACCCUCACCACCAUCGGAGAGACCCCUCCACCAGUCAGAGAUAUUGAAUUCCUCUUUGUCAUUGCCGACUUCCUUACUGGUGUGUUGAUUUUUGCUAGUAUCGUCGGUAACGUUGGUGCCAUGAUCUCCAACAUGAAUGCCUCCCGUGCUGAGUUCCAGGCAAAGAUUGAUUCCAUAAAGCAGUACAUGCAGUUCCGAAAGGUCACCAAAGACCUUGAGGCCAGGGUCAUCAAGUGGUUUGAUUACCUGUGGACAGAGAAGAAGACCUGCGACGAGAAGGAAGUUUUGAAAAACCUCCCAGACAAGCUCAAGGCAGAGAUUGCCAUCAACGUCCACUUGGAUACGCUGAAGAAAGUGCGAAUUUUCCAGGAUUGUGAAGCCGGUCUGUUGAUUGAAUUGGUGCUCAAGCUGCAGCCACAAGUGUUCAGCCCUGGAGAUUACAUCUGCAAGAAGGGGGACAUCGGCAGAGAGAUGUACAUCAUCAAGGAGGGGAAGUUAGCGGUGGUGGCCGAUGAUGGUGUCACUCAAUUUGUGGUGCUCAGUGAUGGUGCAUACUUUGGGGAAAUCAGUAUCUUAGGUAUCAAGGGCAGUAAAGCAGGUAACAGAAGAACGGCCAACAUCAGAAGCGUUGGUUACUCCGAUCUCUUUGCUCUGUCCAAAGACGACUUGAUGGAAGCUCUUACUGAAUAUCCUGAGGCAAAGAAGGCGCUGGAGGAGAAGGGCAAAGCCAUCCUGAUGAAAGACAACCUUAUCGACGAGGCCAUUGCAAAUGCCGGCGCCGACCCCAAAGACAUGGAGGAGAAGAUUGUCAAACUGCAGAGCAACCUGGACAACAUGCAAGUUAAAUUUGCCCAGCUGAUGGUGGAGUUCACCUCCAACCAGACGAGGAUGAAGCAGAGAGUGACCAGCAUGGAGGCCAAAGUGAAAUCCCUUAAGCCAGAGGACCUCACUGAGGUGAUGGCCGACAAGGACAAAAAAGUUCAGUAAUACGACGGACACCCGAGAACUUUACAGGAAAAAAAAAAAAGAAUUAAACUUUUUAAAGGCCCAUGUUUAUAUCUAUUUAUACAUCAUGUUUAUUAUCAUCAUAAUGUGUCAAAUUGUGUACAGUAUAUGAAUAAUUUGUUUAUUUGUGUGUAUGCUCUGACUGACAGCUAAUUUCAUGUCAUAAAACUACUUAUGUAUGUAUGCAAAAAAAAUGGCUUUUUCUAGCCUUAGAAUAAUGUUUAUUUUCCUGAUCAGUAUUGACCAAGCGUAAACUAACCGUGACGUCACCCAUUGGUUUCAACGACGAGAAAAUGAAGCCCGUAUUUUGCUACUUCCUGGUCGCCAUUUUGGAUUUUUUGGAGCCAGUGACGUAAAAAGCGUCAUCAAACAGACUGGACCGGAGAGCAACUAGGGGCAGGAUUGGCUGAGGACUCUCUUAUCCCGCCCACAUUUUACCGCAGAGGCUUCUGUUGCUGUCUAUCAAGUAUAGCCACGCCCCCUGGCUCCGCCAACUUUAACGAUUUAUUUAAAAUUCAGUAUUGAUUUAUUUUAAGAUCGGCCACCUGAUCUCUCAUUUUGACCAUGAAAACUAACGGGAAAAAAAUCCUGAGCUGUAGAACAUCAGUCUAUCAAAUUUUAUUUUUUCCAAAAAUGAAUUGGGGUCUAUGGAGCAAAAGCUUUUUGGAGCCAGCCCAAGCGGACGGCGUGAUAUUGCAAGUUUUUGACACUUCCGGGUUGGCUUCAAUUCUGGAGCCAGAUGCUACGUCCACUAUAUAUACAGUCUAUGGUAUUGACAUUUUCACAGAGAAAUACAACACUAUCUGUGAAGUACUGAGUACAAUUCGUACACAAAAAUACAACUGCAUUUCCCAUCUGAUAACGUAUAAGACUGUACAUAAUAAGCUAAAAUGCCAGUCCUGUUUCUAAGUUACUGUCAGCAUACAUUAUCAGUUGUACAUCUUCUAUGUAAAAUAAAGAUUAAAAUGUUGUCUAAACCGUCA